AGGAUGAACUUGACAUGAAAUGAUGGGUUUCAUACUAUGACACAGCCCUGGGAAAGUGGUAUGAAUGCUUGUGGAUUAGCUUUAUCGCAAAUAACAUAUCUCAUAGCAUCACUAACAAAGAAAAACAACAAAUCUUCCAUCGUGGAGCUCAAUCAGUUGGUAGAACGGCAUGGGGAGGAGGCGGAGAAGCACAUUCUUCAUACCCUCUUUAGCCAAGUAGAGUUCAGCAGUGAUGGCAAGAGCACUGGCAAGGAUUUUCAUCAGACCCAGAUCCUCAUACAAGAGGCAAAGAACUUGAUGUUGAAGCCCAACUUUAUCGGGCUACUAUGUUACGCAACGCAAGGUACACUACGCCCUUCCCCCUCUCUCUUUCCUUCACUGGUUAAAGUUUUACGGCUGUCACCUCUAAACGAAAUUGUGUUCGCACUCGCCCUCAGUCAAUCUCCCGAUCAAGAAAUCCAGAAGCAAGCGAUCACAGUCCUGGACACUAAGAUCUGCAACGUACUGCGACAGUAUCUGAAGGACGGAGACACGACCAUCAGAGAGCUGCCCGUACACGUAGUUUACUAUGCCAUCAGUCACGUCCUCAAAGAAAAUAACAUUCCCGCUGCUGAUAAGGAUCUGCUUAUCGAUCAUCUGCGUCAAGUCUUCCCCAUUGAUAACUGUCCCAUAAUCCUGGUUCCCUUGCUGCAUAACUCAACUAUCUAUAGAAACAGUUUGCACUCCACUCCGGCUAACAACAGCCUGGAAACGGACCCCCACAACCUGCCCGAACUCAUUAAAGAGUGUGGAUAUUCUUGCUGUGACAGUGUUGACGAGUUACAAGGCCUAUUUAAUGUUAUCAAAUCAGAGAUAACUGCUAGGACUGUUGCCAAAACUCUGGGCAUGAUGGUUCAAACACCGAAGAAUGGCAACGAUACCGUGAUAAGUCUACAGAACAUUAACUCCUCCCUAUCAUGGACAGAUAAACCAGAACCUCCAGCAAAUUCGACCUCUUGGAACAUCAAGAAUCUAAUUUUCGUGCUAUCUCAGAAGGUACCACAUUUGGAUUGGAGAGAGGUGAUUAUAGAACUUGAUUAUCCUGAGUUCUUCGUUCCCGAUGUCCAGGGCUUAAACUUCAUCCUCGAAGCCUACAAUCUUGCGACCACUGAGCCAUUCCCAACCACUGCAAUCUACCGAAUGUGGGCCAACGUGAAGGGUCAGUUGUCAUGGAUAAAGCACAGCUUGUCGUCAGAAUCCGAAUUUUCCUUCAUAAAGAAUCUCGGAAAACAAGUCGAAUUGGAAAUUCUGAAGAGUCCUCCAGAGGAAGGCAUGCCGGAAGUUCAGAUUCGAGAGGUUUGGAACUCACUGGAUCUGAUUGAGACCCUGUUGAAUAUUGGAGAAUGUGGAGAACGAGCGGAAGUAGUGAACAUCCUGACUACCCCUGCCAAACUCUGCCCGGAUAUUCUCAUGCUGGGUCUCCUUCAGAGCAAGUGUAACUGGCACACUCUUCAGGACGACAUGAUAAGAUCCCUGCUACAAACCUUCCUUGGAAACCACCCGAACUCAGCCAUCAUCCUACAUUAUUGCUGGUCCGGACCCGGAAACAGACAAGCCACCCUCCAGAAGAUCAUGUUGGGUGCCAUGUCCGACUACUAUCUCCAUGAUCAGACUCACAGCGGACAAGUUGACCAGACGCGACUAUCCAGAAUCCUGGACGUGGCUCAGGAUCUCAAGACCCUGUCCCAGUUGCUCCAUUCCCCAAACUUCUUGUUUGUUAUCGAGUUAGCGGUACUGGCCUCGAGAAGGGAAUAUCUCAAACUUGACAAGUGGCUUACUGAUAAGCUCAUCACUCAUCAGGAACCCUUUGUUAGGGCGACUAUCACAUACCUAACCCGGAAGCUUGAUAGCGAGAAUCCCAAAAACCCUCACCUCCCUCAAGAAGUGAUGCUGAGUGUCCUGCACUGUCUACAGCGAGUCCUGCAGCAGUCCACCGUACCUGACGGCUUUCCCAUCUCUCAGGAAGUGAAGGACCACAUUCACCACCUGGUUACCACCCACCUCCCUGCUGCCUCCAUGAUGCCUCCCAAUAACUCCAUCAUGACGAACAGUACUCCCAUGAUGUCCAACAACUCCUCCAUGAUGGGUACCACCACCUCCAUACUAUCAAGCAGUCUGGCUAACACCAACACCCUGCUGCCCAACACCACCGCCAACCAGCUCAUUGCCUCCAGCACUGCCAGCAACCCCAUGCUACCAAACACCAACUCCAUGUCUAGCAACAUCCUGGGCACCACCAACAUGGGUGCUCUGGGGGGCAUGUCUAGUCUUCAGAACAAACUACCACAGCUGAUGAGUCAAAACAACACCCCUAACCCGUCUGCCCCGCUGGGCGCCAUGACGAACGGUCUGAGCAGUGUGCUCGGAGGAAGCAUUUCACAGCUCCAGCAGGUGAACACGACUACCAACUCUGCUGCUGCCAACAACACCACAGUCAACAACAAUAACACCAGCAGUAAACACAUCCUACAGCACUAUGGUCAGCAGUCGUCCAGUCCCCCGAUCCCCCCAGACAGCUCCUUCUCAGCCGUAGUGGCUCAGCAACAGAGGAGGACUUCUCUCAGUCAGCCCUCUAACAAUAUCCUGUCCUCUGGUAAGGAAGAAGGAAUAGGGCCCGGCACGCUAGGCCAACAGAACACGAUGUCUACAGGGCUGGGUCAGAGCCUGCAGGGUGGUGUAGGACAGUCACUUAUCUCUCAGGGGAACCUGCAGAGCAGUCUACAAUCUCACCUCAACCUCGGUGGCACCUCCUCCCCUCAAUCCACUCUGGGAGCUGGAUCUCAGAACCUCUUCCAGCACAACAAGAUGAACAUGGGCCACUCUGGAUUCGGGAGUAACACUCUCGGGAACUUGGGUCAGAGCAGUUUGUCGUCCCACCUCAACAGCUUGGGUCAAAACAAUAUGUCCCAGAGUUUGGGGCAGGGUGGGUUUAACAGUCUGGGUCAGCAAGGUAUCGGACAACAGGUGUUAGGUCAACAGGUCCUAGGACAACAGGGACUAGGCCAACACAGCAUGAACACUUCAAACCCCAACUUUAUGGGCAACUUCGACCAAACGUUGUCUAACAUCAAUCAGAACCAUUUCCCUAAAGAUAUUGAGGACGAGGCAAACUCCUACUUCCAGCAAAUAAUCAUCACAAAAUCAAUCCCUAUCAACACUGCUCUCGACAUGUUGAAGAAGUUCGAGAGUUCCUCUGAUAAACGAGAAAAGGACGUUUUUAACUGUAUGCUUCAUGCGCUAUUUGAAGAAUAUAAAUUCUUUAACCAAUACCCGGAACAGGAACUGAAGAUAACAGGAAAACUGUUCGGUGGGAUCAUUGAGCGUGGACUUGUCACUUACGUUUCUCUAGGCUACGCUCUGAGGAUUAUCCUUGACUCCCUUCAGUUUCCCCCGACACAUAAAAUGUACAUGUUUGGUAUAAACGCUAUCGAAGAAUUCAAACACAAGCUUAAAGAUUACCCGCAGUAUUGUCGGUAUCUAAAAGAAAAGAAUCCUCACUAUAAAGACUUUCCGCCAAGACUUCUGGAAUAUAUCGAGCACGGUGAAGAAUCUCAGGAACCACCAUCAGCCAAGUUCAAUCAGCAGCAGCCUCAACAAGGCUUCGGGACGGGUGCUUUACAGCAAUCGUCCUUCCAGACAAUGUUUGGUAACCAAACGAACUACAAUCAGAAUAACCAGAAUUUGGGGAUGUUCGCACAGUCCAACUCUGGUGGGGCCAGUUUGUUCAACCCUGCUCCGCCCUCUUCCUCCCCCCAUGCAACACCUCAGAUGAAUUCCUUUAAUCUUCAGAGUAUUCUCCACAACCCAGCCUCCAAGGGUACCAUUGGUUCAUCCCUUGGCAAUAUAGGAUCAUCUCUUGGGACAAAUAGCUUCAACCUACCACCCUCCUCCUCCCCCAACAUCCUGACCCACCAAGCAGUCCCAGUUCAACAGAACGCCGUCAUUCCUCAUGGCAGAUCGACCCCUACUAGAACCGUAACUCCUCAAGGGGGCUGGACUCAGCCAGAACAGGACGACAAAAAGAGCGUAGAACAGUUGAAAGUAAAACACCAGCCACCGCCAGAAGGAGUUCAAGAUAAGAUUCUCUUUAUCUUUAACAACAUCUCCCAGGACAACAUACAUCAAAAGGCUGAGGAAUGGCUAGAAAUAGUGGAACAACAGUUCUUCCCGUGGGCAGCUCAGUACCUGAUUACAGAGAGAGUGAGUAUCGAGCCCAACUUCCAUCAGCUCUAUCUACAGUUUGUCGAGACACUCAGCCAAAAGGAAUACACAGCCCAUGUGCUACACGAAACUUACAACAAUAUUAAGAUUUUGUUAAAAUCUCCUACGAUGAGCUCAACCAAUGCUAGUGAGAAGAGCUACCUGAAGAAUUUGGGAGCUUUCUUGGGACUUUACACUUUGGGGAGAAACAAGCCCAUCCUACAAAUUGAUCUAGAUUUGAAAAGCCUGAUCUUAGAGUCCAUACACAAAGGGCAGCUAGCUGGAGUCCCCAAAGAUCAAGAGUUCCUCUUGUUCGCUGUUCCCUUCGUCUGCAAUGUGCUCCGUGCUGUAGCUGAAAGUAAGGUCUUCGCUCCACCUAAUUCCUGGACAAUGGGCCUCCUGGGCCUGCUAGUCGAGAUACACAACAUUCCCGAUAUCAAGCUAUCCCUGAAGUUCGAGACAGAGCUGCUUCUCAAGGAUUUGAACACGGACAUGUCCGCUGUCAAGGUCAAGAACAUUCUUCAGUGUGAGAACCUGAAAGAAAAGUACAAAGUAGAGCAGUUGGUGUCUCUGAGCAUACCCAAGUCAGUGAACUCAAUAAUGGCGCCCCAGUCCUUCACUCCACAGCCACUACCUGCAGGAACUCCGCCCCAGCAACAUCCCAUCCCUCCCAUGAUACAUCCUCCAAUGCCUACAGAAAUGGAUUACACCAAGAUCCGUAUCAACAAUCAGUUACCCCUAUUCCAAAAGAGACCAGAGCUGACACAUUGUGUUCAAACUGCUAUAGACUCUGCUAUCACCAAGAUGGGUAGGAUCGUGGUUGAGAAGUCUAUCAAUAUGACCCUCACCACUGCUGAAAACAUUAUAAAGAAGGACUUUGCCUUGGACCCCGAGGAGAGCAAGAUGAGAAUGGCUGCUCAGUUUAUGGUACGCAGUAUCGCUGCUGCCGCCGUACUGAUUUACGCACGUGACCAACUCAACACUCUUAUCAAGGACAACUUGGUGAAGAGCUUCAUGCCAAACAUCCCCAAAACAAUGCCAGGUCUUGACAUGCAGCUGAUGCAGGAGGUUAAUGAUGCCGCCAAGUUUGUUGCUGUCGACAAUUUGGAUUUGGCCUGCAUGAGACUGCAAGCUGAUGCAGUAAAACAAGCCUUCAAAGAGAUUGAUAAGCGACUCGAAAAGGAGUACAGAAAGAGGUUUGAAUGUAGACAAGAAGGACAGAGGUUCACUAACACUAUUGUUGCAUCAAUACAAGAACAGCUACCCGAGCAGCUCCGGCUACAACCCGGGGGAUGCACCCAACAGCAGUUUAAAGUCUACCAGCAAUACGGCAAAAACAUUCCUCUUAAACAUAUUUCAGCCUCCCUGCCAAUGCCCUCUGUUCUGGCUCCCAUAUCCUCCAUCAGUUCUCAGUACCCACUCCACCCUGGUAGUUUGAACCAGGGCCAGGACAAGUGGGGCGCUCUAGACCAGCCCCAACCUGGUCAUGACCUGGCUGACAUCGGGGCUACUGGGGACAGAAGCCAUAACUUCGACAUGAACAGCAGAUCCAGUAUGAUGAACAACAGAAUGCAGUCCUUCUUCCAGCAACCUAAUGCGGGCGGCUUCGGUGCUUCUGAUAGACCUAUUGAUGAGUUGUCGAGGAUGGUAAUGUACAAGCAGCAGCAGCAGCAGCAACAACAGCAACAACAACAGCAACAACAACAGCAGCAGCAGCAACAGCAACAGGCUCAGCAGCAACAGGCUCAGCAGCAACAGCAGCAGCAACAACAGCAACAACAACAGCAACAACAACAACAGCAGCAGCAACAGCAACAGGCUCAGCAGCAACAGGCUCAGCAGCAACAGGCUCAGCAACAACAGGCUCAGCAACAACAGGCUCAGCAACAACAGGCUCAGCAACAACAGGCUCAACAACAACAGCAGGCUCAGCAACAGCAGGCUCAGCAACAACAGGCUCAGCAACAGCAGGCUCAGCAACAGCAGCAGCAACCUUUCACCAUGCCUAGUGGCCAGCAGCCUGUAUCAUAUCAGAAUGAUGAACUGCCUGGACUACUUGAUGUUCUGUACGCCAAGAUAGAAACCCUCAUACCUCAGUUCCCCGUUACUUCAUACCUUCGUCCAAUUCUUGACAAGAUCUUGAAGACGAUCCAGUCCGCCAAGUACAACAUUUCAGACAGUAUCCGUCUCAUUGGAUACAGUGUUGAAGGUAUUCUGGAGUGCCAUAGACCGGAUGUGAUGGAAAAGGAGGCGGAAAAAGCAAAGAUUCUGUGCGAGGCACAGCUCAUUAUACUGAAGUACUUAGCUCAAUCUAAUGUGUUCGGACCCCAAGUGCUACAAAAACAUACAACCAAGGCUGUUCAGGACGCUAAGGACGAGAUAAAGUACAACGACCACGCCAUAGAUCUGCUGAUAAAACACAACUUGAUAAUCAUGAAGGAGUUUGCCACCCAUCUGGCUCACAUCCUGCACAAAGAGAUAACAUCACCCCACUAUCCGCAUCACAUGCUCAUCAACAACCCUCUCUUCAAGAUCCAGAUCAACCUCGGUGUCAACAUCUGUAACAAAGUGAAAGCAGGAGACUCGAUGGUAAGAGAAGAAGAUGUGAAGCAGCUAAAAGACGUUCUCAGGUUCUUUGUACACCGCACUAAUGAGGCCGGCAGAGAGGACGAUCCCAAACACAGAGAAGAGAUGACAGCGAGCGUGAAGAUGAUAAUCCAGCAGUGGAUAAUGAUCUGCCAGAAACCAGGAGAAAACCACGAACAGCAGGUGGUUCAGUUCUUCACCCAUCUCCAGCAGCGCAGUGAGGAGACCAUCACCCUGCUCUUCAAGAUAUACGCCGAGUACAUUGCUGAGGUCAACUUUACCAACUACCUCCAGAACAAGGGUUACGUAUACAAAAUGCGAGAGGAGAUCUACAACUUCGUUGACAUUUUCGUCAAGUUAGUCUACGUGAUGAUGAAGUUUGCUGUGGUCGAACAGAACCGCCUGAAGCUCCUGAAAACCGUUCUGAUCACCGUCAAGGGAGUUCUACAGAAGGACCACGACAGAAGACAAGAACAGAAGACACAGUUCCUGGUCCUACCAUACCACAGAUUCUUUGCAAUCCUGUUCCAGGAAGUGACUGCUGAACCGAUGCCUUAUGAAAAACUGCUUGCAAUUCUGAAGAUAUUCUGCUCAGUGUACCAUCACCUUCAGCCGAGUUACCUGCCUGGUUUCACUUACGCCUGGUUAGAGCUCAUCUCCCAGAGACAGUUCCUAAACAAAAUGCUGACCACGGAGAACAAAGCCCAGCCUGGACAGGGCUGGCCCCUCUACCAGCAGCUUCUCAUUGAUCUCUUUAAGUUCCUCUACCCCUUCCUGCGAAACGCGGAACUGAUCUUCAAACAAGAGACACUGUACAAAGGAACACUGAGGUGUUUGCUGGUGCUGCUGCACGACUUCCCAGAGUUCCUCUGUGAUUAUCACUUCCCCUUCUGUGACGUCAUUCCCCCUGGCUGUGUGCAACUCAGAAACAUCAUCCUCAGCGCUUUCCCUAGCACCAAGAGUCUUCCUGAUCCGUUCAGCAAGGAUCUCAAGGUGGAUCAGCUGGAAAGCAUCACAGAAUCUCCGCGAAUGAGUUACGAUUACACGGCGGCUAUACCAGCCACAUUCAAGAAAGACCUGGACUCUUAUCUGAACAGCCGGACUCCAGUUACCUUCCUGGUUGAACUCCGCAAGCAUUUGAAGGCUCCUCAUGAGGACCUUUCUAGAGUUGUCGGCCAGGGAGAACCGGUAAAUCUAAUGACAAAGUUGGAGACUGGAAGCAAAUACAACAUUCCCCUGAUGAACAGUCUGGUGCUGUAUGUGGGAGUUAAAGCUAUCAACCUCAUGCACUCCAACCGGCACACCCCGACUCAGACCACUAUUGCUCAGGGUGCUCACAUGGAUAUAUUCCAGAACCUGGCUGUGGAUCUGGAUAAUGAGGGUCGGUAUCUGUUCCUGAACGCGAUCUGUAACCAGCUCCGUUACCCCAACACUCACACCCACUACUUCUCCUGCACUCUCCUCUACCUGUUCGCCGAGGGAAACAGCGAGAAGCUUCGAGAACAAAUCACCAGGAUUCUGUUGGAAAGGCUGUGUGCAAACCGUCCGCAUCCUUGGGGUCUGCUGAUCACCUUCAUAGAGCUGAUAAAGAACCACGACUACCACUUCUGGGAUCACGACUUUGUCACGUGUGCUCCUGAGAUAGAGAACUUGUUCAAGUCUGUGUUCAGCAACCUAGCCAGCAAAACCAACCCGAGUUUAAACAGCCGAGAGGAGGGAGAAUAGAGUGUACAUAAAUUUGUGACGUCACGUUUCAAGGUGUGACGUCCGGGGUCAAGAUGUGACGUCACAUAUUGAAGUUGUGACGUCACGUGGUCGAGAUGUGACGUCACUUGGUCGAAGUAUGACGUCACGUUGUCAAGAAGUGACGACAAGUGUUCAUGUGUAACGUCGCGCGUUCAUGUGUGGCAUCAUUUCACGUUUCAGUGAAUCCAUUGGAAAUCAUUGUUCCUUCUGUCGGUGUAUCCUGAAAGAUCGGACACCAACUACCAAAAUCUCAGUUACUUAACUCACCCCUCCCCCCUCCCCCUCUCCCAUCUCCCAUUCCCCCAGAUUUUGGGCUCUCUCCAGGGCCUGCCUGGCCCUGUGUGUUUGCCUCCUUCCCGCCUCUACCCUAGAUUUACCAUUUUUUACCUACGUUCCAUUUCCCUUUUAUUUACCAAAUACCUUGUCUUUUCAGUCCAGUAUUAUGGGUUUGAUAUUUAAUUUAGCGACGAAGAGUUGAGUAUUGAUAGUGAUGUUGUAUCUAGAUGCGUGGAGCGUUAAGAGUGACCUUUGUAUCCUGAUAAAUUUGACGAACUUUUUGUCAGGUCAACAAGCCUCGUUACAGCGCAGUGCUAGUGGCCUCUGUCACAAUUCGUCACAAUUUAUUUUCCUGAUUGUAUUGACAAAGUAUAGUUUGAGAUUGUCUGAAAAAGUAGCACAUUGCAAUUCCAUGCUCCGUUGAUCAAACUAUUUCGGUAACCAUGAUCGCUAAUAAUAAUAUGGGACAACAAAAGCGAACACUGCUUGCGCUUUCUAGGUCUUGGGUACUUUCUUAAGAAUAAGUAAAUUAGACAUGAGGCCACUUUGAGCACUGUGAUUAUGUAACUUCAUUUUGUGUCUUUUCACACCAUUCAGAAUGGAAGUUUUAAUUU